AUGAAAAUUUUUUAUCAAAACCUUUUUAUCCUAUUAGCAUUAAUCAUUCAUUUUCGAUUGGUUAUGUCAUAUCCUUCACCAUAUGGAAGUGAACAACGAGCUUUUCUUCGUUGUCAUUUUUCUCCGAUUUCAUGCAAACGUAGUUCGUCUGAUUUGGAAGAAAAUCAAAAUCCAUUGUCAAUUAUUAACAAAAAUUAUUUUCAAACAUGUCUGAGUCAUAAUAAACCUCUUUGGUUUUGUCUUCAUGAUCUAUCACAAUAUACAUUGGAAGAUAUAAAUCCAAAUCAUUAA